AUGGAAUCUACCCGAAAUUGUCCAAUAUUUGGUACGCCGAAGGAGCUGGAUAAUUAUGUUCUACCGAAGAUAGAAGAUGUUGUCCGAUUUUAUGAUUACAUCAAAACUAAUGGCAACAAAGCUAAAAUAGUUGAUAUCGAAAACGGUUGCCAGCAUGACAUUAUUAAAUAUGUAGCGGAACAAGUUGCAGCAGCAUGGAUACUAGCUUCUAUCCCAAUCAUACCUCAUAAAGAAGUAGUAGAAAGAGUUAGCAUGUAUAUUAAGGAACGACAGAUUUUAGUAUUAGUACCCAAUGCCGAUCAAAAUAAUCUCAUAUAUCAGCGGAAGAUAGAUCAAUUCUGGAAUAAUUCGCAAAAGCUGUUUGAUAUAUGCACUUGCCAAUGUCUAUCAGAAAUGGUAUGCCAACAUAGAAAUAAUCAGCGCGUUUCAAAAAAGCGAAAAGAUUUUCUGUUGGAUCAGCGUACAGAUCGUAAAUUAACCGAUGAUAGAAUUCAAUACAAAAAUGGCAAAGUUAUGCGUCCUGGUGAAAUACGAAAGCGACGUAAUGUUUCGAAUGAAAUUAUGUGUAUACUAAGCUCUAAUUUUGAACAAUUGCGUCAAUCGGCUUCUGAAAAAAAUGAUAGGAAAUCUUAUAAAUCCGAUAGUUGCUAUACUGACUGUGUUAAAAGAAAAGGGUACCAUCUACGUCGGCAUGCAGCUCGACGCCAAGCAAAGCUCAUCAAAUUACAUAAGAAAUUACUUAAUUCAGAUAGCGAAAACUAUCAGGCUAAUGAAAAAAAGCUCAAUCCUGAUUUUUUAGGAUCAAGCGAUGUAUCCAGUAAAGGCGGUAUGAAAAUAGAUGAUUCAGACGUAAAUGCAUCGGAAGAUACUUGGCAUCCUUCUCCUAAAGGUAAGUUAGGAGCUAAUAAAUUACGGGCCUCACCUUUUGCAGGCGCUGUCAUAGUAAAUCAGUUACGAAUUCCUUUGCCAGCAUUAGCUCGAGAAUGUGAACGUUAUAAUAUAUCAGACCGUAAAGGCGCUGCUAUUGCAACUGCUGUCUUGCAAGAUUUCAAUAUAGUCAAUGAAAAGAACUUAAGUGGUGUCAUAGAUAGCAGUAAAUUACGUCGAGAGCGUAAAAAAUAUCGCGACUCAAUCGUAGUCAGUAAUUUUGCUUUAUCUAAUUUAUACUUUGAUGGCAAAAGAGAUAAGUGCAUAGCAAAUAUACAAAUGGGCAAGAAAAGAUAUCGAAGAGAAAAAAUUGAAGAACAUAUUACAAUGUUAAGUGAGCCAAAUCAUGAGUACAUCGGCCAUGUAACUCCCGUUCAAGGUAGCUCAAAAUACAUUGUAGAUGCAAUGAUAGAUUUUUUUCAGUCGAAUCGUAUUUUCAUUGAUGGUCUUCAAGUAAUUGGUUGUGACGGAACUAAUGUGAAUAUUGGCCCAAAAGGUGGAGUUAUUCGUUUACUUGAAGAAAGAUUAAAUAAACCCAUUCACUGGUUUGUCUGUUUAUUGCAUCUUAACGAGCUACCAUUUCGGCGUCUUUUCCAGCAGCUUGACGCUGUAAAUGAAGAAGUUGGAUUGUAUACAGGACCUAUUGGAAAAUCCAUCUUUAAUACACCAUUUAAUGCCAAUCUAAGUUCAACUGAUGGAAUUUCUUUCCAAAAAUUAAAAUGUGACCUGCCUGAGUUUAAAUCUAUCGAAGAAUUAAGUUGUGAUCAAAAAUAUCUAUAUCAAAUAUGUACAGCAAUCAGUAAAGGUUACUGUGAAAUUGAUUUGUCGCGUCGUUAUCCAGGUAAUAUUUCCAAUGCUAGAUGGCUAACGACAGCAAAUAGAAUUCUACGAGUUUAUAUUGCGACUUCUACUCCAAGUAAAUCGCUUCAAAUAAUCACAAAUUAUAUCAUCAAGGUUUACACUCCCUUGUGGUUUGCCAUUAAAGCUAAACCGCAGUGUACAUAUGGACCUCGCCAUUUUUUUCAACUUAUUCGAUUGUCAAGAUUUCUCGCUUCUAAUCAACAAAAAAUAAUUGAUGAAGUUAUUCAACGAAAUGCUUACUUCGCCCAUCCCGAAAAUUUGCUGUUAGCAAUGCUAACUGACGAUGAUAAAUCACUUCGUGAGUCUGCAUUUGAGAAGAUUCUGUUUGCUCGUCGAUAUAUCAAGAGGAUAAAUGUUCGGCAAUUUAAGAUUCCAAAGAUAGAUUUCAAUGCUGCGAGUUAUGCAGAAAUGAUUGACUGGCAGAGAGAAGCAAUUACUGAGCCACCUCUGACCAUGCCUUUAUCAGAGUUAGAACUUCGUCAAAUCGUGGAAACAGGUGAUGAUUCUCAUUUUGAUGCUUAUCCAUGCCAUAUGCAAGCAGUAGAACGAAUAAUUCGAUUGGUGACGGCAGCUUCUACAUCAGUUUAUGGGUAUGAGCGACGAGAAGGUUUAAUCAGAUCGACUUUGAAAUCUAGAAAAAUUACUAAGGGCUCGAGAAAAGCUGAUUUCAAGUGCAGGUAA